GGGACACCGCAGCCGCUGCGGCCCCGGCGUGCCUGCGUGCGGGGAUGGAUGUGGGGGUCGUCCGCAGCAGUGACGACAAUGAACUCUCUCUCCCCUCCCGCCCCCAGAAGCUCUCGGCCAGGGCCCUUUAUGACAACGACCCCGACUGCUCCGAUGAGCUGGCUUUCUGCAAAGGAGACAUCCUGACGAUUCUGGAGCGCAAUGUGCCAGAGAGCCACGGCUGGUGGAGGUGUUUGCUCCACGGGAGGCAAGGCCUGGCCCCUGCCAACCGCCUCCAAAUCCUCGCGGAAGCCCCGGCGGACAGGCCCUGGCCCCCUCUCCUGAGAGGCCCGGAAGAAGCUCUCGCCGGCCCGGAGGAGGUCUACCAGGUGCCCGCCCCGCUCAGCCCCUCACCUCCGGGCCCCGUAUACGAGCACAUGAAGAGCUGGGUGGAACGACCCCCGCCACCCACAAUCCAAGUCUACGAAGUCCCCGAGCUGCCUUCCGGCCCCAGGACGGUCUGUGAGAAGGUGCUGAGAUUUCCCAAACAGGCCGUCUUCACAAUUCCCAGACCUGCUCAGGCCUCGUCGGCGCCUCUGCCUCUGUACGACGUGCCUGUCCAGAGCCGGGGCCCUCGGGCCCGCAAGGAGCCGGAGGAGCAGCACUUAUACGACAUACCCGCCAGACCCAGAAGGGCAGCAUGCGGUCCCCCGGCUGGCCAGCCCAGCAGGCAGAGUGCCCCCGUGACAUCAACCGUUGCCUUAAGGAGAGCCUGCUACAAAACAUUACCAAACCCUCAGAAAUCAGAGUGGAUUUAUGACACCCCGACAUCAGCUGGCGUGAGAAAUGCGUCUCUAACCAGUUCUGUGGAUGAAUCGGGGCCCUGCGGUCCCCCCAGACACAUGGCCUAUCUCCACUGUCCUCCAAAUAGCAGCGCGAGGUCCCUCACUCCACACCUGCAUGAAAACGUGCCCAAGCAGAAAAAACUGAGCCUUCCCGAAAUUCCCGCUUGUCACAUUCCAGCGCCCCGGAACGCCAGCCCUUCAGAUGGAAGUGUCAGCUACAAGGUCCCUUCGAGCUUUCUGAGACCCCGUGUGGAACAGCAAAACACCAUACCCAACAUCUACGACAUCCCUAAAGCCCUGUCAAGUGCCCCUCGGCCUGGACAAGAGCUGGGCAAAGCCACACCAGGGGCCCCAGAGAAGGACAUGGACCCUCCCUGCGCGAGGUUCUCCAGAAAGGCCCCACGGUCCUCUCCCGAGCUGGACAGGUUAUCCGUGAACAGUUCCGACAGCAGGGCCAGCGUCGCUUCCUCCUGCUCCUCCACGUCCACCGACUCUUCCUGCAGCCUCUCUUCCGAGGAGUCAGCAAAGGAGCUGCCCUUGGACCUGGACGUGGCCAAAGGGAUGGUCACGGUGCUGCAGCACAAGGUGGCCAGCUCCAUCGCGGGCCUGAUGCUGUUUGUCAGCAGCAAGUGGAGGUCCAGGGACUAUCUGGAGGCCAACAUCGAUGCCAUCCGCAGGGCCGUCGACCACAUCCAGGACUCUCUGGGGGAGUUUCUGGAUUUCGCCCGCGGAGUCUGCGGGGCCUCCUCGCACCUCACCGACAGCAACCUUCAGGCCAGAAUUAGGGACCAGCUGCAGACGAUCUCCAACUCCUACCAGAUCCUGCUCGAAGCCAAGGGGAGCCUGGACGGCUGCCACUGGUCCCUGGACGUCCUGGUGACAGAGAAAGUGCAGAACAGCCGGGAUGACCUUGAGAGGUUCGUCCUGGUGGCACGGAUGCUCCCAGAAGACAUCAAGAGGUUCGCCUCUAUCCUCAUUGCCAACGGGAGGCUCCUCUUCACGCAGAGCUGUGCAAAGGAGGGGAACGCGCCCUUGGCCCCCGGCGCGGACGUUGAGCUUGCGGAGCGCAUCCGGCCUCCCCAAAGCGGGGGAGAGUCGCAGCAAAGGAGCGCCCCUUUGGCUGGACAAAGGGAAAGUGAGCACUGCCCGGAACUGCUGAAGAAAAACUGGACCAACCUCUGUGAAAACCAGGUGCCUCACCUGGAAGAGAAAGUAAAACCCAUCUUGGAAGAAAGGCUGGAUGAAAACAAAGUUUUAGAAACGCAGAAUCCCAGCUCCCCUGCGGCCCCUCUGGGUCGGCAGGACCCCAAGAAGAAGGUCCACCUGUCGGAGCACUGUCGGCUGUAUUUCGGGGCCCUCUUCAAAGCCAUCGGCGUCUUCCACGGCACCCUCAGCCACAGCCAGCCCCCCGAGAUCUUCAUCGCACAGAGCAAGCUGGUCAUCAUGAUAGGACAGAAGCUGGUGGACACGCUGUGCAAGGAGACCCAGGACAGGGACGUGCGCAAUGAGAUCCUCUGCGGUGGCAGUCACCUCUGCAGCCUGCUCAAGAACCUGGCUCUGGCCACCAAGAACGCGGUACUCAAGUACCCAAGCCCCGCAGCCCUGGGACACCUCCAGGCUGAGGCUGAGAAGCUGGAGCAACACACACGGCAAUUCAGAGAGACACUGGAAUGAGCCUCCCUCCCUCCCUUCCGUGGGACUCUGUGUGUGGGGUAAGCCAGCCUGGGGUACACUGAUGCGCGGAAACCACUGUGUGCUCAAAGCCAGUAUCAUCAGUGCCCAGACAAUCCCAGGACAUUGGCUUAUCCCACAGGGAGCCAGAGAAGAGCGAUGGGUGUUAAGUAAGGACCUUGCUAAGUAUUUAUCACGUAAGGUCAGCGUAUAAAGUGAUAUUGUAGAAACCUAAUUUUGUAUUGGUUAAAUGUACGCCUGUUUGAAAUUCAUUCAUUUAAUAUUUAUUUAUUGGGCACCUACUAUAAAUCAACUUUUAGGUGCAUGUAACAGUAAAUUAAACAGAAACCUUGCCCUCAGGGAGCUUACAAUCUAAUAACAAUCAAGUAGCAGAGAAAUACAUAUAGAAUAUAUCAGGUGCUAGGGAGAAAACGAAGUCAGGGAGGGGGAAGACACUUAUUUUCAAAUGAGUAAUUUUUGUUGCAUUUGUUAGAUAAGGUAAUAUGGAUUUCAUUUUUGAUUGAAUUAAUUCUGUGAGAUUGCUACAAAUUAUGUAUCUGUAUCUUAUACCAAAUGUAUAUUUAUAUUUACUAUUCUGUCAUCACCAAGUCAAAGACGCAUACUAUAUUUGCAACAUAGCCUGUUCUGCUGGGUUCCCUAUUAAUUUAUUUUGUACAUUGUAGAUUCUGUGUUGACAAAUUCAGAAUGCUCAGUCAGCAAAGGUUUAUACCUCAACAUUUACGGUGUUACCAUUUAUACUAUUAUGUAAAUAUAAUCAUGAAACAUCCUUUGCACCAAUGCCUUCCUUGGAAAAGUCUUUGAUCCAUGUUACCCUGGGUUCUGAUACCAAAGUAAAGCCUCCAAUGUUUACUGUUAUUAUUCAAAUGCUUCUCCCCACAGGGCGCAGUGGGGCCCGAGUUCUCGAGUGCAAGGCUAGCACGGGAAAGCAAAGCCCUCCCUCGUUGUGGUCCAGCCAGGAAGUGUGGUGGGGACAGGAUACCUAUCUCAGAUCUAAAAGUGGCUCACAGCUCCCUCGCAUCAAACCACCUCCUCUUCUCCUAACGGCUGGGUCUUUAGCUCAUGUGGCUACAGUCACAUCAUCCCUACUUCACUUCAAGUGAAGGUCCACAUUCCUGUCUGCAUCUCAGCCACGGAAUAGCAUCUCCCGGCUGCACGUCACCUGCAGUGGAAUCAGGUUCGGCUCCUGUCUGCUGCUCCACACUUCGUAGACGUUUUUAAAUUGUUGGCUGCUGAAGGCUGGCUAUUCCGCCGUUCGUCUCGGCUCCCGAAAAGGAGCCCACUUGGUGAGUCUCGGUUCUCUACACGACAGCGGGAGAGGCACCUCCUCUGGACAGUCGUGAUCUGCUCAGUCAGGACUCCUUCUGCUACAAGUGAUCAGAGCCCAUAUAUCCACCCCUCCUACGCAGGGCAGGGAAUGUAUCGACUCACGUAUCUUAAAAUCACCCAGAGGCCGACUGACUUCGAGACCAGCUGGUUUCAGCUGUGGCUCAGUUGGUUGGGCGCUGUCUCGUGCACCAAAAGGUUGCUGGUUCAACUCCCGGUCAAGGGCACACGCCCAGGUUAUGGGCUU